CUUAAUUACCAUUAUCUAAAUGAUACUAAACAAAAAUGUACUUAUAAUAAUAAAAAAUUACUGGAAUUUGGUGCCUUCUUUCGUGAAUAGAUUAGGGUUAUAAUGAACGUUAUUUCAAUUAAAAUAAAGAAAAAGACAAACCAGACGCAUAGGCCAUUAUGAAAUACCUGAAUUAUAUGUAGAAUAAAAACCUACAGAGAGCGCAGUUACGCGGGGUUAUAUAAAGAGCGAGAAUCGAUAUAAAUAACAAAACUAGCAUAAAAUUGACAGGGGAAAUGAUCUUCCCCAAUCUCAUUUUCUCUUGAACAUAUGUGAGUACCCACCAUUUCACUUGAAAAACUGGAAGCUAGCAAGCUACAGCUAACUAACUUUCACUUGGAGAGUGGAAGCUCCUCCCUGAAAGUGGAAGCUUGUAGUUAGACUAGCUUGUCAACAUAAGCACUGAUUUAUAUAAGACAUUACCUUUUGUUCAUGUUAUUUUUACAGCUGCUGGGUGCCAUUGUCCUGCAUGUUGUGUUGUAUUCAUUGGCUAGCUAGCAUUAUGCCUCUCUUUCAUGUUUACUUGUGAUGGAUGGAAAAUGGCAGGACUGUCAAAUCUCACACCAAUAGGUUGUCUUGUCACCUCUGCACACAGUUUCCUUUAAAAUCUUAGUGGCUUUCUAACACCAACAAUUCAGAGUGGGCUCUUUUCUUCUGAACUCUUUGUUAAUGAAAGACUGCAAAACAAAUAUUACCGAGGGUAAUUUCGGGAUGAAAUUCAGGAUACUGUCAAGUUGUAUGUUUACAGUGUGGCAGCAUUUUUCAGCACAAUAAUGACAUAACUCCAGUGUUUGGUUUGAGAUGAAAGUAUCAGUAUCUGUGGCUUCACAUUGAUACUGUUAUUAAACUGGUGAUUGAGGGUAACAUCACUGGGCCCGGUACAUUGCCAGUAUUUGCCUGACAGGUGAACCCUUUGUUGUGCAUCUUGAGCUCUAGCUUCAGGAAGUGUGUGCUAGGAGAUGUGAAUGACUCCGAUAAGAGCAGCCUCUGGCAUGGCAUCCUUUCUCUCUCCGACCGUCUGUCCCAGAUUUCACAAUAGGAAAGUGUUGCGGUCAAGGAAUCGUAACAAAUUCAACCUUAAGGGUGGAGGGAAGAAUCCAGCUCAGCAGGAGAUGGAGGGGUUGUGGUUUUUAGUUUUCAAAAAAGAUUAUAGCACAAGAGCAGCCAGAAGCUAUUCCUUUUAUUCUCCUGAAAAAUCCCCAACUUUUGACUGUUUGUGUCUAGGAAGCAUCACCAGGUAAUAUAUAUAUUUUUAUAGAUACAGAAGUUAGCUGUUGAUCGACUCUCCAAGCGACAGUCUGUGCCAGUAUCAUGCUACUAACCUAUAAAACCCCCAUAACAGCUAUACUGUGUACUAUAUAUAAGUAAAAACAUCUAUUGUAUCAUCACUUUGGUAUCACUUGAAGAGGAAAACAUUAUCAGCUGCAUGGCCGGCUCUGCUUAACCUCCCAAAUGCGGAGGCUCAUUUGUGUCCGAGUUUCUUCCUAAUAUCUGAUUUGGAGGAUUAUAUCAGUCAGCCUGCUGGAUGAUGUAACGGGCCCUAAGAGGAUCAUUGCUUUGGCUUUUCUACAGGCCGCUGCCCAAACCCCAGAGGCUUUCUCUCCUCAAGCAGAGUCGAUGACCCUUGUAAAAAGCAAAGGUGCCUCAAGGGAACACACACAUUCUCUCUUUUUUAUCAUAAUUUUAGCUUCUGUAAUUGGCAGUGACAACUUAUUGGCAGUAUUAAAACAUCUCAUUUGCAAAUAUCUUAAAUUUGAUUAGUCAAUCAACAACAAAACUAAAAUAAUCUGCAGCCGUUUUGAUGAUUAUCUGUGAAGGUUCUGAGUCAUCCAGGUCAUAGUUAUCCAACAAGGUUUAAAUCAAGGGCAGCUGGACUUGAAGAUACUAGAUGUUCUAGUAUCUUCAGGUCCCUUGAUUGUUGCCCUUUAUUUGAACCUUUUGUUGGAUACGUUUUGAUUGAUUGAUUGAUUAAUCGGUUUUACAAGCAACAAUACCAAACAUUAUGUGGUCUAUAUGUCAGAUAAAAGUGGAAGAUGCUGAUCACCUUAAACCCAAGAUGACAUGUUUAAAACAAUCCAAACCCCAAACACAUUUAGUUUACUAUCUGAGAAUGUUUUUGACAAGAUUAAUCUAAUAGGAAAAUGUUUGCUCCUCUGAACAUUAUUUCAUCAGUAAUAGUCAUGAAUAACUGAGUUCUGAUAGACCCUAAUGAUCAUUUUAAUAAUAAAUAAUCAUUUUAGAUGUAAUCAUGGCUCGCUCUUUAUUUCAGACAUGUAAAAGUCUGUACAGGUGUUGAAGGGAGUAAUGAAGUCUCCCUGUAGGACAGCAUCCCUCAUCAGUGAGGCGGUGGCUGCUCUGCUCCUGGUCUGCUCAGUCGGUAGUUUCUCCCUCUUCGUCACUGUCUGAGGGGCUGAGUGUGUGUCUCCCUUGGGUGAAUUGUCAUGACGCAGUGUUGCCUGAGUGCAUUUGAGCGCGUCUGUAUGUGUGUGCCAGUGGCUUCUCCCGCUUUUACCAUCUCAACCUCGGUUGAGUCACCCCCCCCCCCCCCCCCCUUCUCACGCAGUCUUAUAUCUAAACGCCUUAACAAAUGCGCAGGUGAGACAAUGCUGUCCGAGCCACACGUGCAGGCAAAGCUGCAGCUGCAGUGUCCGUGUAUGCUAUUGUUGCCUCACUUCACCUUACCAUGAAAGUCAAAUUAUUCCCCAAGACAAGUUAUUUUAUUCCAACAAGAUGAGUCACAAUAAUGUCUGCCUCUUUGAAUCAAGCAUAGAAUAUUUUUGUUUUGCAUGUCAUGUUUAUUUCACCUGGACUUUAUCUUCUCCAGCUUUUACGUGCAUGUGUAGGAUCAUAUCAAGCAAACUGUAAAGCACACACUUAUAAUAUAUACACUUCAUCUAAUAUAUUUCUAUUUUUCACAUUUUCUAUGCCUCUUACUAAUCUCUUCACGUACUCUACAUUUCCCAGUCUGUUAUUGGGUGGAGAAAAAAAAAAGCUGACAUUUCCUCCAUCUUCUCCUCUCUCCUCCCUCUUUUGAACGAAUUUUCUAAAGGCAUAGUCUAGGAGCUCUUUCAGCGCCGCUUGUAGUUCGGAGGACUGUGUUCACGGCUCACUCAGUAUGCUGUUUUAUUAAGUCCUCUGUCAGUUUGUUGACUGCAGCAACUGCUUUGAGGAAAUUCUGUAGAGUCAUAGUUUGGUGGAAAAACAGAAUUGAAUGUGUUAGCCAGUCUUCUUUUAUUGUGUGAGCUCUCAAAGAACACGAGUGCUGAUUUCUGGAUCAAGAGGAGGACCUUGUUGAAGAUGUUUAUGGAGGUGAACCAAUUUUCUAUUUACUGUUACUUCACACUUGGUCUACGUUGUAUAAACCCCACCCUUCCUCAUUCAUACUUUUGGUUUUGUAGAGUUUGUUUCGUGCUGCAGUUACAGCUCAAAUGAUUUGUUGAAAAGCAGAAAAGAAGAAAAUGGCAAAUUUUUUUUGAUAAGUCUUUUUGCCAGGUGAAAAUGGAAAACAUCCCCUUGUAUGUAUGUGUAUGUAUGAUUGUUAGGAUUUGCUUUCUCUUUCAUGUUAGUAAAUUGAAUCUCUUUAAAGGGGACUUGCACAUAAAGUCCGUAUACAGGUGUUGGAGAGUACUACUACACAUGUGACAAAAAGUAGCAUUAAGCCUUUUGUGGCUGAUAAGUCUGAUAAAUGUCCUCAACUCUGCUUGUGGCUUGAAGCUACAUCAGCUAUGUUAGCGACUACUGCCCUGACUGAACUGUCGGCUGUCGAGUUGCAUUGUGGGUAAUGUAGGCGUCAGGUUUUGCCAAGAAAGGAGGAUGUGAGGUGUAAUAAAGAAGACAUCUCUAUUUUCACUGCAUCGGUUUUGAUCUUUAUUUUAUUUUUUUUAAACUGUCCAUUGUGUAAUAGGUGUGCAGUGCUAAAUCAGUGGAGUGCAGAUUAAUCGAUUAUGAAUCAUUAGUCAAGGCCACAAUUAUUUAAUGUGAAUUUGACCUAACAAAACCAUGAAAUAGAUUGGUGAAGCUACUAAUAAUAGUGAUAAUAUAAUAAUAAUAAAAUUUCUUUUUUUUUUUUUGUAACACCAAAUGACACAUUGCCUGCGGAGCCUUGAGUCCACUCCUCACUACCUGAGUAUCGUCACAGGUGGGGAAUCAGCGCGUGGAGCUCACACUGUCGGAGCUGCAGGAGAUGGCGACACGGCAGCAGCAGCAAAUUGAGGCUCAGCAGCAGAUGCUCGUUGCAAAGGAGCAACGUUUGCGUUACCUGAAGCAGCAGGAGCGGCGUCAGCAGCAGACCGUUUCGGAGAGCGAGAAGCUACAGAGGCUGAAGGAGCGCGUAGAUAGCCAGGAGGCAAAGCUCAAGAAGAUUCGGGCGAUGAGAGGCCAGGUAGACUACAGCAAGGUCAUCAAUGGCAACCUGUCGGCAGAGAUUGAGCAAGUUAGCGGCCUGUUCCAAGAGAAGCAGGCGGAGCUCCAGUCUGCAGUGCUGAGGGUGGAGCAGCUCAGCCUGCAGCUGGAGGACCUGCGGAGGGGAAAGCUAAACGGCAUACAGACCACCCUCAGCGGCCAAGUAACCGGUGCUGCAGCCCUUGAGCUCCGUAAACUCUACCAAGAGCUUCAGAUCCGGAACAAGUUGAACCAGGAUCAAAACAGCAAGCUGCAGCAACAGAAGGAGCUUCUUAACAAACGCAACAUGGAAGUGACGCUCAUGGACAAGCGCAUCAGCGAACUGCGGGAACGCCUCUACAAGAAAAAAGCUGAGGCACGUCAAAAAGAGAACCUUCCUCUGAACAGAGCCAACGGGCCUCCCUCUCCCCAGCCCGCUCCUGGUACUCUGGGCCGUGUUGCUGCUGUUGGGCCGUACAUCCAAGUCCCUGUAUCGGGCCGGCAGGAAGGAGGCUACACCAUGCCUCCUGAUCCACUGAAGCCUCAGACUCUGGGCGUUAAUAACCAAGCCAACCAUGGCCGCAACAAGUCAGACGGUGUGCGAAAGCCUCCCGGCCCUUGGAAGGUGUCUGAUUUAGACAUCGUUGUGGACCCGGUUCCCCCGUCCCUUCCAGAAUCACACCCGGGCACCGGAGCCUCCACUGGCUCUGACGGCACGUCCCCUAAUGACACUGGUUGGCCUACUGUAGGCAAGACCAACACAUCUCUAAAGCCUCCUGAGAGAAGAGACUCAGGGACCGAUACCCAGGGCAAGAGCCCUCCCUCAGGCUCCCCUGUCACUCCAAGUGCAGAAAAGGUGCUAGAUUCCAAAAUGGCUGUGUCCUCCCCUGCCAUAUCCAAGCCACAGCCGCCCCCCUAUGGCUCCCAUCUCACCUCCGCAAACUCUGCCAGCUCCUUGGAGCGCCGCAAGGACGCACCUCCUCCCCGUCCGCUACCAGCCCCGCCAGCUCCUGCUUGGCCCCGCGUACCCCCCUCCACAGGCUCGUCCUCACAGCAGAUACAGCAGCGAAUCUCAGUGCCGCCAAGCCCCACCUUUCAGCCUAAUGCACCACUUUUCCCCCCUGGGCUGAGUGAGCGUCUGGAUCCCCCACCAGCUGUGGCAGUGCGCCCCUUCAUCCCAGACAGAGGAUCGCGGCCUCAGUCGCCCCGAAAGGGCCCGCCUACCAUGAACUCCAGCUCCAUCUAUCACAUGUACCUCCAGCAGGCAGCGCCAAAGAGCCAGCCACUCAAGCCUGCUCUCAAAGCAGUAUAUGGGAAGCCGGUUCUCCCUCCCAGCUCAACACCCCCCUCGCCCCUUCCUUUCGUCCAGGCGGGAGGGGCCUUCCCAUUACUCCAAGGCCAACCCAGUGGUGAAGACACUUUUGAGGGAGAAUUUGAUGAGUUCUUCCAGGCCCCAGAGCCCUCAGCGCCUCCUCCCAGUGUGGAAAACAUCCCACGACCACUCAGCCCCACUAAGCUAACACCCAUGGUGCACUCCCCGCUGCGUUACCAAAGUGACGCCGAUCUUGAGGUGCUCCGUAAAAAGCUGGCCAACGCUCCGAGGCCGCUUAAGAAGCGCAGCUCCAUCACAGAACCAGAGGGCCCCAGUGGACCCAACAUCCAGAAACUGCUCUAUCAGAGGUUCAACACUCUAGCAGGAGGCAUAGAGGGAAACGGAGUCAGUGGGACAGGAGUUGGCAGCAGUGCAGGUAAUGGAACACCUUUUUAUCAGCCAGCUAAUCCUCCUGGAUAUCUGGGAGGCGACUCUGUGGCUGAUACAGACAAUGGCAACCUCCCAUCUGAGACGCCGCUACCGCCACCACCGGGGGCAGAGGAGCCGGGCUCUGAGGCUCUAGCUCCAUCUACUGACGCUAAUGACAACGAGCCGCUGCCCUUGCCGCCAGAAGGCCUGGGGGAUCCUGCUGAAGCAGAGGGGCCAGAGGAGGACGAUGACAACAACAACAACGUGGGAAGCUCUGAGGCGUCACUGCCCAGCCCUGUCCCGGAGGUCACCACUCAAGAAGAAAGCGGCACGGCAGUAUCGCAGCCGCUGGAGAAGCGCACAAACCUGAAGAAGCCGAACUCUGAGCGCACAGGCCACGGCUUCAGGGUGAAGUUUAACCCUCUGGCCCUCCUGCUGGAUGCCUCACUGGAGGGAGAGUUUGACCUUGUCCAGAGGAUCAUCUAUGAGGUAUGUCGCGACUGUGUGGAGAAUCCUAGCACCCCUAAUGAUGAGGGCAUCACACCCCUGCACAAUGCAGUGUGCGCAGGACAUCACCACAUAGUCAAGUUCCUUCUGGAUUUUGGUGUGAACGUCAACGCUGCAGACAGUGAUGGAUGGACUCCGCUUCACUGUGCCGCCUCCUGCAACAGUGUCCAUCUCUGCAAGUUGUUGGUUGAGUCGGGGGCUGCCAUCUUUGCCAGCACCAUUAGUGAUGUGGAGACUGCUGCGGACAAAUGCGAAGAAAUGGAAGAGGGCUACAUCCAGUGCUCCCAGUUUCUAUACAGCGUUCAGGAGAAGCUGGGUGUGAUGAACAAGGGGACGGUGUACGCACUGUGGGAUUACAAAGCUCAGAAUCCGGAUGAGCUGGCGUUCAGCGAGGGGGACGCCAUCACUGUUCUCCGACGACAGGACGACAGUGAAACGGAGUGGUGGUGGGCGCGACUUGAGGACAACGAGGGCUACGUGCCCCGCAACCUGCUGGGGCUCUAUCCUAGGAUCAAGCCUCGUCAGCGCUCCCUAGCGUAGUGUCUCACUCCGUUGACCUCUAACAGCUGGACUUGUGACAAAACCAAGAGCAGAGAACAAAGGAGCCUGGCGCUCCGUCUUCUCCCCUGUGGCCAUAACCUCCCCCGGCCUUGUGCUUCUCACAAAAUCCUUUCUUUUUUUUUUUCUGAAGCAGUGGGCACCGAACUGUGAUACACAUAUUUAUAUCUGCACACACGUAGACUCACUCACUCACACACACACAAUUAAACACAAGCACUCCAAAAUCUCUUAAACCACUCCAUCCUGACACCCCCAUCACCACCACCUUUGUUCAACCUACUGCUCUGUCAUUGUCCCAACUUGAUUUUACCCAGAUUCAGUGUCUGCUCUGUAUCAGACAUCAACUAAAGAAUAAAACACUAACCCUUGUCUAAGUAUUAUAAUUACAGUGUUCACACUUCAUUUUCAUCUCCCUAAUGAGCUCUAUAGUGGCACUGCAGUAAAUGGUGACUGGAAAAUCAUCUCUAAGGGUGAGAAAGUGCUGAUUUAUGUUAGUGAAAUGUAAUUUCAGUUCUAAGACAUUACUUGGGCUGUUAUGCCAAUUUGAUCUCCUUUCACAAAGAAACACUAACACAGAAAAAUGUGCUCUUGUUUGAUUUUGCUGUAGUCCAACCACCAAAGAUGAAAAUAGAUUUAACUCUUUUAAUUCUGUUACUCCCUAAAACCUUGCAGAAUUUUUAAGAAGAUCUUUAAGUGAGAUAAUCUAUUGGGUUGCUGCUAUCACUAAUGAUUAACAGCUCCCAGCAUUAAAAGUCCUUCUAGAUAUUGUCAUGGUAUUAAGUCCUCAGUAUUAACUACACAGGCCAGUCAGAACAAAUCCGUGUUGAAGCAAAGAUGUAUAUAGAUUGACAGCUCAUGUCGUCAUGAAUCGCUUGUCAAGAACAUUGUUGCAAGACAUUUUUAUUCAUUCACUGUCAUCUGUUCAGAAUCUGGAUGCAAGGCUAAUGUGGACCUGUAGCAACAGCAUCAAUAACCUGUAACCAAGUACCAAAUUUUUUUCUGUAAUGUGAGAUCUCAAGACGUAUCAAGCUCUGUUCAAAUGAACAUUUUAAAUAUUUACUCAGAGUUUGUAUUUUUGCUAGUCUGAUUAUCCCUGAAAUGAACAGCUUGUUUGCUGCUAUAUUUUCACGGAAAUGGGUAAAGAACAGUGUUUUGCUUUACCGAAAAAGGUUGCCAAAUUGAGAAGUGCAACAUCUGUAGAGUGUGUAUAAAUGUUAUACAUGCAAAAGAUCUCUGGAAGAAAGUAUUGCAGGAAUAAGGAAAAUGGUAAAUGGUAGUUUUAUAGUUUUUAAUUUCACAGUGGGGAGGCAGGAAAGAAUCCGCUACACAGAGACAAAGAUGUCAAUUUUGCCAUAUACUUUAAUAUUGAAUAAGUAAUUUACAUUCUGUAUAGUGAUUCUAAUUAAUCCAGACAUUUAGAAAAAGUUGGACCUCUCUUCAGAGAGCCACUUUUUCUGACUUCUAGCACUUGUAAUUUAACUUGACAAGACCUGCAAGCAGUAUCUCUAUGUGAAAAGUAAAUUAAAAGUAUUGAAUCCAGACACUGCACAUCACUGAAAUCAUCAGCCAGACCAUCGUGCCCCCAACUUGACAAAGUUAACACUCAAUUUUAAUAACCUUUUUUUCUACUUGCUUCAAAGUAGGUCUGUGGUCAUCUUACCAUUGCAGUUGUUUUUCUGUGGCUUUGACAAACCCCACUUGAAACACUUAAUCUCAGGACCAACAUGGUGCUGCUGACACUGUUCCACCACUAAACUAGUGAUCAUCGUUCUAUUUUCAUUCUCAAAAAACAUCACCUUUGUUUGAGCAGCAAACAAAACAAAAGAGAAACAGUCCAAAUUUACAGUACAGCCAUGGGCAUAAAUUAUUAAUAGAUGAAGAGACCGUUAUUGUGGCUGAACUAUAAAUGAGAAAUUCAGACUUUAAAUUCGCUUGAGACAAUCCUGAAUUUGCCCAGGUCUCUUCCUCCAGCUGCCCCCUUUCAGGUACACCAUUCCAGUAACACUACCAUACAUUUGUUAUCUGUCACAUCAUUGAACACCUAGAGUCCAUCAACUUGUUCUGAACCUUGAGUGACUGAGUGUUAUGCCAAGUGUGCUAGUGGCCCAGGCUUUAUCAUGAUUUAACCUGUACAUAGUGUGAGGAGAUGUGUAAUAUGUCUGUUUGCUGUAUGGACAAGUGGGCUUUCUGUAUAAACGCUGUACUCACACAUUCAACUCUGUAAAUGUCAACAAUAAAACAGAAGCUCUGGCAUGA